ACCGUGAAAGCAGAUGUAAUCACGAGGCUUUACAGUCAACAGUCAAUGACAUCCGCACUCAUUAUCGUUGACACACCGUCCAGACACCACAACACCGCAUCACAACCAACCAAGACACUCAUGACUCGAACUCUUUGUAGAGCAUCCCCCAAUCCACAUCCUCGCCCUUGGGUGCCUUGACACGCGACAAUGGACCGGCUAUCGGCACAGACGGCGCCCCCGAUGACCCAGGUUGAUCAACACGCCCUCCCUUGCCCUUGUCCAUAGUCGCUCCACCCUCUUUGGCUCGCUUGCGUGGCGGUGGGCUGCUCAGCUGUCGCUUCCUCUUGAGCGCAGCGAGUAGCCGCUGUCGCUUGGACUCGGCGCGAGCGUCGUCUGCGUCGCUGCCGUCAUCUUGGUCUUGGUCGUCUGCAUCGAGUGCACCAUCAGCAUCAUCCUCUUGCUGCUCGUCUGGUGCGCCGCCCCUGGUGCCCAGGUCGCUGCUGUCAAAGUCCAUGGAGCACUUGAGCGCCUUGAACGACUGCUUGACCUGAAGCGAGAUGACACACACACACACACAGACACAGAGUGCGAGAAAGAAGAGCACGUUGCUGCCGCCCUGGCCACCUUACCUUUACUGGCGGUGUCUCCUUGUCUCCCUCGUCUCCUUCUUGGCUCGACUCCGUCACAGCCGACGGCUCAGCAGCCACCACUGCCACUGUCGAAUCGCUUGUGGCUCCCGAGGCAGCUGUUGCAGUUUGGUGUUUGUGUGAGGGGUCGUUGAGCAUGGGUGGAGGGACGAAGUAGGGAAUCCUGCCUCGUUGGAAGUCAUAGAUGACGGUGCGGGCGGCCGUCUGGAUGUCGGGAUCCCCGCCCUUGAGGAGCCGGCCGCACUUUUUGGCGAGUAUGGUGAGGAAGUCCUCGUCGUCGGUCCACGUCGUGUCGGCCGGGAGAUUGUACUUCUUCAAUAGGUACUCCCUGACACACACAUCACACAUCACACAUCACACACACAAACACAAACACAUGAGGGUGGUGCGGGCGCUGCAGUGCAGUGCAGUGCCAUCUCAUCUUUGGCUUACUUUUUGACCCGUGAGAGGACUUCGUUGACGUACUCGGCUGGCGCGCUGAGCUUCUCAGCCCUCACGAUGCCCUUCAACACCUGCACACACAUGCCGGGCGGCCGACACACACAAGAUAGUGGAACAAUUUGGCCGUCAUUCGUCUGCCGUGCCGUUGCUUGCUUCUAGUUCACCUUGUCUGCCUCGACGGUGAGUGUGUCUUGUGUGCCGUCGGUGCGGUAGGAGUCGCCGGGCACCACACCGGGGCAGUCGAUGAGGUAAAUGCGGUUUGUCAGACUCACAUACUGCCAUAUCUUGGUCUCACCUACACAGACAAACAAAUCAUACAGAUGCAUUGUGUGUGUGUGUGUGUGUGUGGCCCGUGAGUGUCCAUGUGGGCGCGUACCAGGGACCGGUGCGGCUUUGCAGACCUUCUUGCGCUUGAGCGUGUUGAUGACUGACGACUUGCCCACAUUGGGGUAGCCGAUGAAGCCCACGGACAGGUGCCUACGGUCGGGAUGCAGCCCAGCGAACUGCCUGUGUGACAUUAACCACACACAGAGCAACCAAGGCAGGCGUUUAACCGAUCCAUCCGCCUGUCUGUCUGUGAGUACCUACAUACCUGAGUAAGUUGAUGAGAGCGUGUUUGCCGAAUGGGUUGGUGAUGGAGGCGUGGAAGGCUAGAGUGGGGUACUCCCUGGCCAGCACCUUGACCCACUUGGCCGUCGCCCACGUGGGGAUGAGGUCGCACUUGUUGAGCAGCAGCACCAGGUGCUUGUGCGACCUCUCCUUGCGCAAGUGAUCCUCCAACGAGCGGCACCUAAUCCAUCCACCCAUCCAUCGAUCUGUGCGUGAUUAAUGGAUGUUGGUUUGCCCACUGAUUCACUCACCGAGUGCCCUGAGGGUCUCGCGCGUCGAGCACUUGGAUGAUCACGUCAGACGAAUCGACAACCUUGUACAGCUCCUGCACACACAGCAGAUGGAUGAUGCAGGCGGCUGGCUGGCUGGCUGGCUGUGCGUGUGUCCGCACACUCACCUGCCAUAUUCUCCUGGAAGUGCCUUUGUCGAAGACCUUCUCCGACGUCGCUUGGCGCACGCCAUCGUCCUCGCGGCUAAUAGCGCCGUCACGCUCCUCACUGUAGUCGCUGACCUUGGACUCAGCCUGAGCAUGCAUAUCACACACAGCCAGUGACCACACAUGGUACAAAUGCCUGCUGCCAACCCCACUCACGUGUGCCACGAGACCCUCCAGGUCACCCGACACGAGCUUGGGCCUCUUCCGCAGCUGACGGCGGCCAAAUGUCUGCUCGAACGGCUCCACCGUGAGCAGCUUGACCUUUCCCACAUCCACAGCACCAUCCCCGUCAUUGGCCCCGCCGUCGUUGGUGAGCCACUCGGAGGGCAGACCGAUCUUGGGCCGCUUGAGCAGCACACUGUAGGGAUCCUUGAGUGACGUCGUCAUGGCCUCACGGAACUGCUCCAGCUUGCUCUGCGUCGUCACUCGCGUGUUGCCGAACCACCGCCGGUCAGGCUGGAUGCGCACCGGCUUGGUGGGCUGCUCGCGGCGCUUGGCGAGGUCAGGCUUGCUGGUGUACAUGUUGAGCCGCCUGAUGGUGGCCUUGCUGCGGUAGAAGCCCGCCUUCUUGUCAUUGGGCAGCGAGCGGUCGGGGUUUGUGGAUGCUGUGCCGGUGUGGAAGGCCUGUUUGGGCUGCGCAUUCGUCGACUUGGGCCUCCGCUGCUUGUUGGCGGCCUUGCCGCUUUUGCCUUUGCUCUUCGACUUCACCAUCUUCUUGAAUCACCCACUCGAUGCGAAUGCAGGACAGGGAGAGCCAAGAUAGCCACAACGAUGGCGAAA